GUAUAUAUCGCAAACAACGAACGUGCGCAAAGGAGAAAACUUAUCGCUCGAGCGGCGCGCGGGGAACACUAAAACGAGAAACCUCCGAAAAACGCCGUAAAUCCUCGAACGACUCGUAAUCGAAUAACGCACUGGUACACGCGACGCUACAGCACCUGCAUAUAAAAGGAAACGAUCUCUCUCCUCGCGCGCGCGCGCAGGUUAAAAAGGGCUCGCGGACAUAAAAUAAAACCUCGAGCGUAUCGAGAGAGAUCGACGAGGGUGAUUCUCGGAACGGCGCAGCCGGAUAAGGUUUUAAGAGAGGCGAGUCGCCACGCCGGAAACAAGCGCGCCGAACGUUGACUUUGCUUCGCCCUUUUUUUUCCCCGUUGGCCGCUACAACUGCGUUGGCGGCGGUCUUUUUGCGAGCUUGCGAGAACGAAGCUUUGUGCGCUCGGCGGCGGCUUCGAGCGGUGCUUUUUGUCCGAUGAAAAAGCUUUCGGUGAGCGCGCGCGCGCAGUUUUUUUCAUCGCAAUUAAUUUAAAAAAACGACGACGUCUCGAAAAAAAGGUGCAAACAUUCCCUGGGCAAGCGAUAUCUCACGUCAGUCAGGCGGCUGGCUGACCCCCUUUGUAUCUCGCGUUUCCUCGAGCGGCUUGCUUCGCCUCGUUUUUUUCUCAGCUCGCAAGACGCCCGCUUCAUUUUUCAUCUCUCCCGCUUGCUAACGUGGCCGGCUCUCGCCGUAAAUUUUCAUCGCCGUCUCGCAAAUAAAAUUCUCUUGAUUUUUCUCGAGACUCGAGCAUUUUUCGCGUUGAUUUCGGCAGCCGUUGCGACUUUGGCCGGUUUAAAAUAGAGCCACAAUUGCGCGAGUACACACUUCCUCAAAAUUUCUCCUCCACAAGAGUAGCUACGUGCGCGCGAGCAGCUGAUAUCCUACAUCAAACUAUGUAUUCGGCUCAAGGAUGAGGGAGAGAGAAGACUUUUUUAGAGCACGCGUGCGCGUGAGCCCCGCUAUAAUUUUUAUCAUUUCAGAGAUUCACAUAUAUAUACAGCGAGUGCAAAGCGUGUGGGAGCGGCACACUGCGGGUCUCGCUUUUACGCGUGCGUACGCGACUUGUAUUCCCGUCAUGAAGUGCCUGUGGCUCGCGUUGUUCGCUGUCGCUUGUGGAAACUGUUUUAGCCAGCAAAUCGAUAAGUACAACAAGUCACGAGUCGUCGGCGGCAGCUACAUCUCGAUCAAGGAGGCGCCUCACCAGGCCCAGAUCAUUUCGGAAGACGACACGGUGUGCGGUGCCAGCAUAAUCUCCGAGUACUGGCUCGUCUCUGCUGCCCACUGCUUCGUGGGAAACCAGGAAGAGCUGACGAUCACCACCGGCUCGUCCUACAGCUUCUCCGGAGAGAGACACGAGAUCGAGAAGUUCAUCGUUCACCCAAAGUACAGCUGGCACAAUCACAACGACCACGACAUAUCUCUCAUAAAGGUUAAACGACCCAUCGAAUUCAACGAGCGUCAACGGCCCAUUUCCUUGGCCAGCGAGCCGCCCAGGGUCGGCGAUAGGAUGAAGAUAUCCGGCUACGGAUGGGAGAGCCUGCGCAAAAAACGCAAACUUCGCCAGCAACUGCGUCGGCUGAAGUCGGUGGAGCUGAAAGUGGUGAAUCAGAAAACCUGCGCCCGACGUUACACGGAGAUCUACGCGGUGGUCACGGCCAACUCGUUCUGCGCACGAGGUGGUAGCGAGUUCGGCGCCUGCACCGCCGACUCGGGAGGUCCGGGCAUCAUCAACGGUAAACUCGCCGGUAUCGUCUCCGCCGGCUACGAGUGCAACACCUCCUACUAUCCCGGAAUCUUCACGAGGGUUGACCUGUACCGGAAGUGGAUCGAGAAGGAGACCGGAAGUCGGAUGCUGUGAAAUUCGCCAAAGUUUUUGUGUUAUUCAGCGAUGAACAAAAUCAAGUAGAGUAUAGUUAGUUGUAUGCUGUAGUUUUGUAAUUAAUUAGGUCGUAACAUCAAUUCAAACGACGUCUUUUUUACGGGGGUACGGGAGCAGUAAUUAGCCGCCCGGCAUAUAAUCGACAAAGUUAUCUCUCGAGCUUCUCGACUAGAUCUCCAUAGAUAAUGAUAGCAGGUUUAAUCGAGGUAUGAAUUUGAAAUUUUAAUUCCGGCCUUGAGCGGCUAAAUGAAACUUCCCGCACACAUGCUUCGAAUAGCUGAAACGCCAUGCAGCGUUACUUUUUGGCCAAUACGCGUGAUGUAUGCUGAUUGGCCUGUUAACGAAGAUUUACAUCGGAUUUGAAUUGAGAGGUUCCGACUUUUUUUCCCGAUAUUACUUUUCUCUGGCACUGAUAAGUCUCGACUAUUAAACGUACAUGCAUGUACUUAUGAACGCAAGGCGUCGUUAAGCUCGGACGUAUGUGUGCGUGCGAGUAAAUAAUGUAACGGCUGCAUAAAUUUGCAUGACGAUACAGCGAGAGCGCACGAAAAUGUAUACAAACUUGUGAUACACGUUUACGUAUUAAACGAACCUGUUGGAUUAUGUUAUA